UUUGCAUGUUGCAUUUAUUAUGGAAAAAAAUUAAAUUUUAGAACUUAUAGACACGACUAUGUUAUCGCGAUUCAAAUUGCUGGGAAAGGCACGACCCAAUAUCUGGCGGGCUCAAAUUGCAAAACAUAAUUGCAAGUCAGUGUCAACAUAUGAGAGGUACGGAGCUUCCCAAACACAUGGUGAAGUUCCACAAUUAAUUCAUCAACGUGAACAUAAGUAUGCAGAAGGAAAAGUAUAUAAUGGUUUCCUAUGCGAACAUGUGGAGUACAUUUCUGAUUUCGAACUUACGUCUUAUACCUUGCGGCACCAAAAAACAGGAACAGAACUAUGGCACAUCGAUAGAAACGAUGCAAACAACGUAUUUUCAAUAAAUUUUCGAACAACUCCCUUUGAUUCUACUGGGUUGCCCCAUAUACUUGAGCAUUUGGUGUUAUGCGGUUCCAAAAACUAUCCGGUUCGGGAUCCAUUUUUUAAAAUGCUUAACCGCUCCGUAGCGACAUUUAUGAAUGCAAUGACCGGUCCUGAUUAUACCAUAUAUCCAUUUUCCACCAUGAAUGAAACUGAUUUUAGAAACUUGCAGCGAAUUUACUUAGAUGCUGUAUUCAGACCAAAUCUAUUGUAUUUGGAUUUUCUUCAAGAAGGCUGGAGACUUGAAAAUGAAGACAUACAAGAUUGCAAUUCGAAGCUCAUUAUAAAAGGAGUAGUUUAUAAUGAAAUGAAAGGUGCAUUUUCUGAAAACUCGCAGAUUUUUAGUCAGAAUCUGUUAAACAACAUGCUUCCUGACCACACGUAUGGAAACGUGUCUGGAGGAAAUCCAUUAGAGAUACCCAAAUUAUCGCACAAAGAUUUAAUUGAAUUUCACCAAAAGUAUUAUCAUCCAAGUAACUCGCGAAUUUACUCUUAUGGAUCUUUUGAUUUAACUAAAACACUCAAACUUCUCGAUGAGGAGUAUUUAUCAGAGAGAACUGGGAUUGACAACUCAUAUAGUGAGAUACCACGGCAACAGCGAUGGCAACAACCACGCAACGUACAUAUUUCCAGUAGAUUGGACAAUAUGGGCGCAGCCUUUGACCGACAGAACCAAAUAGCCAUUGCGAUGCUAAUGUGCGAUGUGACCAACUUGCAAGAGAGUUUUGAGUUAAACGUUCUGUCGGAGGUAUUAAUCCGUGGACCUAACUCUGCGUUUUAUAAGAGCCUUAUAGAACCAAAUUUCUCCGGGGGUUACAAUAGAAGUACGGGAUACUCAUCAGAUACCAAGGACACAGCUUUUGUCGUUGGAUUACAAGACUUACGAGUGGAAGAUUUCACAAAAUUCAACGAGCUCUUCGAUCAAACUAUAGCUCAUUCCAUAGAAAAUGGGUUUGAAUCCCAGCAUGUAGAAAGCAUUUUGCAUAGUCUCGAGUUGUCACUAAAACACCAGAGCCCCCAUUUCGGAAAUGCUUUGCUAUUUAAUUCUACUGCCCUGUGGAACAAUAAUGGAGAUAUAGUGAGUAAUCUUCGAGUAUCUGAAAUGAUAUCAAGCUUGCGAACCAGCUUAAGCCGAAACAAGACAUACUUCCAAGAGAAAAUUCAGAAAUAUUUCGCCAACAAUACACAUAGACUUACACUAACUAUGUCCCCUGAUGCGUUAUAUCAAGAAAACUUUAAACAGGCUGAGUCAGAGAUGCUAAGGCAAAUAACUGAUGCUCUCGACAAAGAAAAAUUUAAACAAAUUUUUCAGUCUGGGUUGGAGCUGGAUGCUUUUCAAAAGCUUAAACCGAAUACGGACAUUUUACCAUGUCUGACCGUAAACGAUGUAAGCGAGCCACCAAAAUGGCCAAAAUUGAUUGUGGAAACUAUUCAAAAUGUACAGACUCAGAUCUGCAAAGUUUCGACAAACGAGAUUACGUAUUUGAAAUGCUUGUUUAAUGCAUCGAGUUUAAGUCAAGAAGAGACCCUGUUGUUACCUCUGUUUUGUAAUGUUAUUAACAACAUGGGCACUUGUAAGUAUGAUUUUCGUGAAUUUGAUAAGCAGGUUCUUUCAAAAACCUCUGGGCUCGAUUUUAAGUUGAAUUUUGUCGAGAAUGUAAGAGAUGCAAAGAGCUAUAAAAUCGGCGUUAUGAUGGACACUUAUGCCCUUGAUAAAAAUGUUCAAGAACUUUUUUACUUCUGUCAAGAGUUAUUGCUAAACUUUGACUUUACGGAUACGGAACGUCUUAAAAUGCUUAUUGAAAAUUAUAUAUCGAAUAUAUCAGUGGGAGUUGCAAGUUCUGGUCAUUUGUAUGCCAUGUUGGGAGCAAAUGCAUUGGUCACCGAUGCCGGUAAUCUUAAGUCCCUUUUAUUUGGAAUAGAUCAUAUAGAGUUUAUGAAAACUCUAGUACAAGACAAUAAUACUAUUGACAUCUGUAAAACGUUAAAAUCGAUAGGAAAAAAAAUAUUUUUGAAGAACAAUAUGAAAGUGGCUAUUAACACUACGGAAUCUUACCUGGCAACUGCAUUACAACACUACAGAAAUUUCUUGCAAACAUUACCAAGUCUGGAUAAGACUAAGGAAAGCACUGAAAUUAACUUAUUAGAUCCAAGCUGUCAGCACUACAUCAUGGAUAUACCGGUUAAUUACUGCGCUAAAGCCUUUUUUGCAGUUUCAUAUUUGCAUCCGGACCAUCCCAAAUUGCGCGUUUUAGCGAAGCUCCUUUCGGCUAAGUAUCUGCUGCCUGUUGUUCGUGAAAAAAAUGGGGCUUAUGGAGCGGGAGCAAAGAUUAGUUCAGACGGCAUUUUUAGCUUUUAUAGUUACCGGGACCCACAUUCAACGAAAACACUAGAUACUUUCGACAAAACUUAUGAGUGGACAUGCUUGGAAAAAAAUGUGAUUGAUCAACAAGCAUUGUUUGAAGCCAAACUGGGCGUUCUGCAGCAGUUGGACUCUCCAAUAGCACCUGGAAAUAUUGGCAUUGAUUACUUAUUGUAUGCGGUAUCGCAAGAUAUGUUUCAAAACUAUCGAUCACGAAUGCUCUCUGUGACAGUCGAUGAGCUACAUGCCACUGUUGACAAAUAUUUAAAGAAGCCGCCAACAAAUUAUGGAAAGUGUAUUAUAGGACCGGAAAUUAAAGAGUUGGAAUCUAGUCAUGGGUGGAAAAUAAUAAAAUAGAUGUAAUAACAUUUUCAAGUUUAUUAAAAUAAUAUGCCUUUCAUUGACAUUUUAUGUUUUUAGUAAUUAUUAUUAUUUAUUUUUUGUUUUGCUAAAGUAUAAGGAUGUUUUGUUUUGUGAACAGCCGAUGAAUAUUACAAAUUAUUUAUCAAUUACAGUUUUAUUGCAAAGAUGACCGUAUAUGUAACCGCUGUAAAUUUACUACUAUACUGAACGCAUCGUUUUGAAAUUUUGGCACUAUAUUUUAGUCAACAAUCGAGAAUUCGACUUCCGAUUUUGAUAAAAAGUAAGGACACUUAAUCUGAGGACAGUGUGUACACCGCUAACCUAAUUUUUAAUUUGAGAACGCUCGGGAGAUUCGCAGCAGCAUGCAGCAGUGUGCAUCCAGAAUAAACCGUAUCAAAAAAAUUAA